UCUCCGUUGCGAAAGCCUCAUGCGGGGAAGCACCAAUAUUGUCGUGUGCGUUUGUGCCGAUGUUUAUCCUGCGUAUAGGGCUCUGAUAAUUAUAUUUAAAGGGGUGGUUUACCACACGAAUAGACUGGGCUCGGUGAGUCUCGUUGAAUGGAGAGCAAAUAACACCUGAAAGUUCUAAAAAACUCAACUGGUUCAAGGAGGUGAACGGAGAUGAAUUCUUUAGAAUCGGAACCGGCUAGUAGCAGCACUAAUGAUCCUGUUAAUGGUGAAGUUGCACAUGUUUUCGAUGGAACUCUUAGCAAUGAGGAGGCGCACUUUUCUGGAGACUUCGAUGCAGCCAGUGGGUCCACUCCGUUCUUUUGUUCUGAGAUUAAUUUCAAUGAGAUUUCGGACACCCUAUCGAUUGCUUCCGGAAUCAGCUCGCUAUCUUCUACAUCGAAACUAAGACGGUCGCCGAAGCCAGCGGUUAAAGGAAGUGUGGUACGUCAUGUUCAGUUACGACAAAUUGGAGCGCAGUUGCAAAGAGCAUUUGAAAGUGGGGAGGUUGGUUCUCCAUCAGCCAUGGCCGUUGCCACGCUCAUCGCCAUCGGAACUUCGAAUGGAGUCACCCUCGUUUUCGAUUCGGAACAAAUUCUCAGAUGUAAGCUGGGCGCAUCUGAAAAUAAUCAUGGUCUUGUGUCAGCCGUCUCCUUCAAUUCUGAUGCCACGCGAAUCAUCGUGGGCCAUUCCAAAGGACAUAUGACGAUGUGGGACACGUCGAACGGAAAACUUCUGCGAAACCUUUCGGAUGUGCAUACGCCCAAUCAUGGUGUUUUGCUACUAGCCUUCACCGGAGAUCCGACCACGGCAGUGGUCACCGACACUGGAGGAUCAGUAUUCGAGGUAAACUUCAGGAAGAUUCUCACAUCAAGAUCGUAUGAAAGCAACUGCAUCUUUUCCGGAAGUCGAGGGGAAGUGUGUGCUAUGGAGCCACUACGAGUAGCGUGUAGAUUGCGCGGUCAUCCUAUAGAGGGGCUGUCACUCGUGGCCCUUGGAACGGUUACAAAAUGCAUCGUUAUUCUUCUUCGACCUGUCGUCACCGUAGUGUUCACUCACCAGCUUCGGGCGGAAACUGACACAAUACCAGUGUUGAGUUGGCAAUUCUCGUUUUUUCAAGAAGGAAGCCGUAAAGUCUGUUCUCCCGUGCUCGCGUUUGGUCGAAAAUCUACUAUCUACCUAUUUAAAGUUCAUACACAGAGCAACCACAAGGUGACAUUUGAGCCCCUACAGCAGUUGGAAGUAUCAUAUACAAUGAGACAACUUUGCUUUGUAAACUAUAAAACCCUUGCUAUUCUUGAUCAUCGGGAAAGCCUAAAAUUUCUCGAUGUUCGACUAGACGAGGAGGUAGAGUCAAUGGAUUGCUCUGAUCUAGACAUUAUCUAUGAGGGUAGUCGCUAUCGAGCCGAGGACACAGGCGGAAACGUCAGUAGGGCUAUGACUGUAAUCGGAGAAACUGCCUGUGCAAAUACAAUGGUCUCGUUUGGGAGCCAGUGUUUGAUUCUUGGCGGACGAGGUAUUCACAUCUACUCGAUGAGGUCCUGGACUGAGAGAGUAAAUUUCUUCUCCAAGCAGAAACUUUAUUCAGAAGCACUGAAGUUCGCUAUUUCUUAUUACAACGAUGAAGGCGAGGCUACGUCAUCUAAUAGGGUAAUUGAAAUCGUGACACCGAGAACCGAAAAAAGUCAGGCUCUGGUGGCGGAAAAAAUCGCCCUUUUAAUCGAAGAAUUUGGCCUUUUUCUCGUUGAUCGAGAAGGACAAAAGAUUGAUAAUUUAUUAACGCAUUACGCGGCCAAUGUGCCGUUGUGCAUUCACUAUGCGGUGAUCCUGCCAACAAAAUAUCAGAUCCUUGACACGCUUUAUGAGCUUUUUGCACAAGACCCGAUGGCUCUUACAGUUUUUCUGUCUAGUCUUCAACCGUACAUAAGUGGGGGUGAUCUACCGGAGUUAAAUCCAGUUAUCGUAAAGGAUUUUGUCAAUUUGCUUAGUUGCGAAAAUAAAUUUGGAGAGUUGGAGAGAUCGCUUGUACAGCUGGCCAUAACUUCCAUUGAUAUACACCAGGUAAUGAGUGUUUGUAAAGAAAAUCGUCUUUAUGACGCUAUUAUCUACAUUCAUAACGCCGCAAUGUUGGACUACACGGGGCCAAUUGAGGAAAUGGUUGACAUCAUUGCAGCACCUCUUGCUAUGAAUAAAGAACCAAAUUAUGCUGAGAUUGAGGUGGGCAACAAGCUGAUGGUCUACAUCAGUUGCUGUUUAGCGGGUGCAGCCUACCCCUGCGGCACGUUAUCACUGGCCGAAGCAAGCCGUGCUCGUGAAGCGAUCGUGAAGUACCUCACAACCCCUGUGCCUUCAGGAUCACUACGUCCUCCCUUUUAUUGUCUGCGAACACUUCUACACUUCAAUGCUCGGGAGUUUCUCAAUGUUGUAUCGCUCGCGUUUCAAGACGAGCAGCUCAGUGCGACAGAAGAGUCAGGUGAAACUACGGAAACCCCUGAGCCCCCAGAAGCAAUAGCUGCUACUCUGGGUCAGGACAAACAACAGAUCGUAGACAUCCUUUUGCAAUUAAUGGUGCGAGAAGAGGGUUUCGAGACACACGAAAUGAGCGCACUUUUUACCUUUCUCGCAAGACAGAUGGCUAAACAGGUAGCCGGUACCGGUAUCCGGGUUGACAAACAGCUAUUUGAACAGGUCGUUGAGUAUUUGACUAACGCAGACGAGGAGAGUAGAAUGGAGGAACGGCAACAGGCCAUGAUGGAGUUAUUAACGAGUGGCGGAUUGAAAGAUAUCCCCAUUGAGCGACUGUUGGAAUUAGCUGAACAAGCUCGAUUUUACCGUGUCUGUGAGAUUCUUUAUGAACAGCAAAGGCGAUUUGAUAAAGUGCUUCUCUGUUAUCUUAACGACCCUGCGCGACGAACAAAAAGUUUCGCUUACAUAACCCAAAUCCUAAACGGGGUGGAUUAUAAAGCCGCCGAAAAGAUCCAGCUUGAAAAUCAAGUUGUAGCAGUUAUCGACGAACUGAUACAAGUGGAUGCGAUGUCAAUGGCCGCACUUGUCAUUGAUCUUCUGCCGAAACGGAUCAAAGAAGUGCUAGAUCGUCUCGAGGGAAUGCCCGAAACACAAUACCAUUUACUUGAAGGCGUCUAUCGGUUGGCCGCUGGGGAGUGUCAGGACACGAUCAUUGGAGUCAAGGACGCAGAAGCGGUCACAGUGUCUCCCGACGUGCAAGAGAAAUAUGUGGAGCUUAAGUGCAUCUUCGACCCCGAUGGCGUGCUAGCAUUCCUCAAAGGAGUGGAAUAUUUCCGCGAUCUAGAGGUUCUAGCCAUUUGUAAAACCCAUCGAGUAUAUGAAGCAACAGCAUUUAUACUUGAAAAGCUACGCGAAAUACCGGAGGCAUUUGAGAGCUACCUAAGCCUAGUUGAGCAACACCUCAUACAGUGGCUUAGGAGUCUUGAUACUGCUUCGCCUCCUAGCGACUGCUCAAAAGUCUCCGACCAAAUUGGUAAGGUCGUCUAUUUUCUUCAGAGAAACUGCGGCGCUUUACAGGCGGAUGACCGUGAGACAAUGUGGUUUCGUCUACUAGAUGUGGUAAUGAAGCCACAGAAAGAUUCUUUAGAUCGGCCAGACCUAAGAGAACUUACAUCGUCGUUAUUGAAUGCAAUGAUGGGGCACGUGAGUCCUUACUCCAUUCUUACUAAAGUAAUGUCCGAUCCUGCAUAUAAUCUCAAUGAGUUCCGUGAGGUGAGACGCUUCAUUGGGGCUAUGAUAGAUACUUACAACUUCGAGCAGACCAUGUUGGCGACCACAAGCAACCUUAUAAAUUGUGACCUGUCGUGUAAACUCGCAGAUCUUAAGCGUCUUGCUAACAGGGCUGUUGUAGCAACUGUGGCAACCUGCGCAUUUUGCAACCGUCCUUACGCCGGAGCUGAUACUCGAGAAGUUAUCGUCUUUCGUUGCGGGCACGGUUACCAUCGUGAAUGUGUUGACCAAAAGUUUGAAGCACGCACAGUAAGUGACCUCAAAUGCCUCCGCUGUGGUAGAAUGAAUUGUACAGCUUUCGGAUUGCCGUCUGAGUCUUCGACUCACGCUGGGAAUGCUCAAGAAGGACAGAAAGGCGGUGCUGCAGCUGAUGGAAGUCGACAAGUGAGAAAGCGGCGGAUCAGAACGAUCGUUCCUCGCUUGUUACCAAAAGAAGCCUAUACAGAAAACAACGAAACGCGAUCCGUCACCGUUUAUUCUACGCUUUCGCCAGUUCAGAUGGAAGCCCUCGAGCACUUCAAAAUGACCCAAAAGAUGCCGCAAGCAUCAACAUCAAAUGAAGAAGUUCGACUCAGAGCAGGUACACUGCUAUCACGUGAUGAUUUCAAACUCUUCCUUGGCCCGUCACCCGAUAACCCCGUUGCAAGGGAACUCUUCAGCUGAGAAAAGAAGGAUUAUUAAGAUCUACUCGAUAUUCUCAAACGAAAAAAGAUUAAUUUCGAUAGUUCGUUUUUACGCAAAACUUACGUUUUUUUGCAAAACGCAAUUUUUUGUCAUCCAUCGAUGUGGCUGCGUGUAUAUGGUCACGAGGAACAGUAUUAAUGCACGAUCCUGUUCGCCAGUAACGUUAGUAUUCUGAGUAAACGCUCUUAUGAGGCAGACCAGUAUGUAAGCAUUUUAGUUACCUUUUUGCUACUUUACAUCAAAAUUACUUGUUGGUAUUGUCGAUUGCAAAACCUCAUAUAUUUUGUAGGUGUUUGUUUUGAGUCCCACAUUUAUAUUUAUUACAAAUCCUGUACUUUAUAGGAUAACAAUGCUCUGUGACGGGCUAUACAAAGCAAAAAGAACACCAGUCCAUGAGCCCGAGGACAUGUUCCAGGUUGUUUAUUUCUUUAAGACGUAACUGUAAUUAUCGCUAAUCAACAGAGUCAUCAUGCAUUCAGCAGUUUAUGGCGUCUUAUGAAAAAUAGUUUGACAUAGUAGAAAUGAGCAAGGAAUAGGAUGCAGUUUUUUCUGCAAUUGUCCUAAGAUAUGCUGUAGCUACCACGAGCUCAGUAAUGUUUUCCUCGGAAAAAAAUAGUUUUUACAGCAUUUAUA